CAGAGAAUGCAUUCAAUCAAAUGAACCGAUCUUGUAGAAACACUGGAAUCAUUUAUGCAUUGCAGUUUCUCUUUCUUGUUUUCGCUCCUUCUUCCCUGGGAUAUUUUGAGUGGAUUGUGGCUAUUAAUCGAGAUCCCGUGCUAUUCGUGUUUUGCUUGUCGUUUUCGCUCAGGAUUAGCAUCAUUCAAGGCAAACGCAAAGCUGCUUUUCCCACCACCCCCCCACUCUUUUUUGAAAAAUCAUUUUUGGGGGCUGCUGAAGAGAGCUAGGACCCAGGAGACACCUUCCCAAACAGCAGGGGUUGUGUGCUUUCACAUAGCAGUACUGUACAAGGAAAACCCCGUCGGAUCUGUUAUUGCGGGAUACUUGUGAAAUAUACAUAGGAUUCUUUCUUAUGGCUGCAUCCCGGAUCUGGAAAUUUUACUUGGGGACCAGGAGGAUUUGAAAGGCUGCAUGUAUUCAGAAGAUUUGCAAGCAACACUCCAAUUCUUGUCAUAGAGCUCACAGACUUCUCACUUAUCGGCUUUUUUCCUUCCUUAUUUUUAAAGAAUUAUUCUUAUUUUCCCCCCUCUUUUUCUGCUCUCUCCUCUCUCAGUCUCUCCUUUUCUAUCUGCCUCUUCAUUUUUCUCCUAGUCUGUUUUUUUUUUCCUGCUCUGCACCUGGAUUGUAUCUUCAGCAAACAAUCGGGCACUUUGAGAACUAACUGGAGACAGUCUUGUAGGGAAGAUCUGUAUGGAAUUAUCUGCUUUUAUGGUGAACUUGGCAUUUGUGAAUGGGAAUCUUGUUCACAAUAUUAAUUGCUAGCAAAAACAAGAAAAAGAACACAGGAGUAAAACGUGGAUUUUUCUGAAUACGCAUUGUGAUGACCAGCAAUUACCUUACCGACUAAUAUCCAGAGGAGAAUAAUUUGGAAGACUGUUGUGGGGAACAGCCUUUAAGAGCUGGAAGAUGAAAGCUCCGAUUCCACACUUGAUUCUCUUAUACGCUACUUUUACUCAGAGUUUGAAGGUUGUGACCAAAAGAGGCUCCGCUGAUGGAUGCACUGAUUGGUCUAUCGAUAUCAAGAAAUACCAAGUUUUGGUGGGAGAGCCUGUUCGAAUCAAAUGUGCACUCUUUUAUGGUUAUAUCAGAGCAAAUUACUCCCUUGCCCAAAGUGCUGGACUCAGUCUGAUGUGGUACAAAAGUUCUGGUCCUGGAGACUUUGAAGAGCCAAUAGCCUUUGAUGGAAGUAGAAUGAGCAAAGAAGAAGACUCCAUUUGGUUCCGGCCAACAUUGCUACAGGACAGCGGUCUCUAUGCCUGUGUCAUCAGAAACUCCACUUACUGUAUGAAAGUAUCCAUCUCGCUAACAGUGGGUGAAAAUGACACUGGACUCUGCUAUAAUUCCAAGAUGAAGUAUUUUGAAAAAGCUGAACUUAGCAAAAGCAAGGAAAUUUCGUGCCGUGACAUAGAGGAUUUUCUACUGCCAACCAGAGAACCUGAAAUCCUUUGGUACAAGGAAUGCAGGACAAAAACAUGGAGGCCAAGUAUUGUAUUUAAAAGAGAUACUCUGCUUAUAAGAGAAGUCAGAGAAGAUGACAUUGGAAAUUAUACCUGUGAAUUAAAAUAUGGAGGUUUCAUUGUGAGAAGAACUACUGAAUUAACUGUUACAGCCCCUCUGACUGAUAAGCCACCCAAGCUUUUGUAUCCUAUGGAAAGUAAACUGACAAUUCAGGAGACCCAGCUGGGUGACUCUGCUAAUCUAACCUGCAGAGCUUUCUUUGGGUACAGCGGAGAUGUCAGUCCUUUAAUUUACUGGAUGAAAGGAGAAAAGUUUAUUGAAGAUCUGGAUGAAAAUCGAGUUUGGGAAAGUGACAUUAGAAUUCUGAAGGAGCAUCUCGGGGAACAGGAAGUUUCCAUCUCAUUAAUUGUGGACUCUGUGGAAGAAGGUGACUUGGGAAAUUACUCCUGUUAUGUUGAAAAUGGAAAUGGACGUCGACACGCCAGUGUUCUCCUUCAUAAACGAGAGCUAAUGUACACAGUGGAACUUGCUGGAGGGCUUGGUGCUAUUCUCUUGCUGCUUGUAUGUUUGGUGACCAUCUACAAGUGUUACAAGAUAGAAAUCAUGCUCUUCUACAGGAAUCAUUUUGGAGCUGAAGAGCUGGAUGGAGACAAUAAAGAUUAUGAUGCAUACUUAUCAUACACCAAAGUGGAUCCUGACCAGUGGAAUCAAGAGACUGGGGAAGAAGAACGUUUUGCCCUUGAAAUCCUACCUGAUAUGCUUGAAAAGCAUUAUGGAUACAAGUUGUUUAUACCAGAUAGAGAUUUAAUCCCAACUGGAACCUACAUUGAAGAUGUGGCAAGAUGUGUAGAUCAAAGCAAGCGGCUGAUUAUUGUCAUGACCCCAAAUUAUGUAGUUAGAAGGGGCUGGAGCAUCUUUGAGCUGGAAACCAGACUUCGAAAUAUGCUUGUGACUGGAGAAAUUAAAGUGAUUCUAAUUGAAUGCAGUGAACUGAGAGGAAUUAUGAACUACCAGGAGGUGGAGGCCCUCAAGCACACCAUCAAGCUUCUGACGGUCAUUAAAUGGCAUGGACCAAAAUGCAACAAGUUGAACUCUAAGUUCUGGAAACGUUUACAGUACGAAAUGCCUUUUAAGAGGAUAGAACCCAUUACACAUGAGCAGGCUUUAGAUGUCAGUGAGCAAGGGCCUUUUGGGGAGCUGCAGACUGUCUCGGCCAUUUCCAUGGCCGCAGCCACCUCCACCGCUCUAGCCACUGCCCAUCCAGAUCUCCGUUCUACCUUUCACAACACGUACCAUUCACAAAUGCGUCAGAAACACUACUACCGAAGCUAUGAGUAUGACGUACCUCCUACCGGCACCCUGCCUCUUACCUCCAUAGGCAAUCAGCAUACCUACUGUAACAUCCCUAUGACACUCAUCAACGGGCAGCGGCCACAGACAAAAUCGAGCAGAGAGCAGAAUCCAGAUGAGGCCCACACAAACAGUGCCAUCCUGCCGCUGUUGCCAAGGGAGACCAGUAUAUCCAGUGUGAUUUGGUGACAGAAAAGCAAGGGGCAUCCCGUCCCUGGGAGCUUGAGUGGAAUCUGCAGUCCAGUGCCUGGAACUAAAUCCUCGACUGCUGCUGUUAAAAAAAAACAUGCAUUACAAUCUCUAGAACACGAGGAAAAACAGGGUCUUGUACAUAUGUUUUUUGGAAUUUCUUUGUAGCAUCAGUGUCCUCCUGUUUUACCAUGUCUUUUACCAUUACAUUUUUUGACUUUGUUUUAUAUGUCGUUGGAAUUUGUAAAUUUACAUUUUUUUUAAAGAAGAGACUGAUGUGUAGAUAGAAAACCCUUUUUUUGCUUCAUUAGUUUAGUUUUAGAAUGGGUUUUUAUUUUAUUUCCUUUUUUAAAGUUUUACUUUGCUUUUAACAUUUCCUUGGGGUGCUUGGACAAAUCUAUCCAAUGGGACAAGGAGCACCGGAUUCUUUCUCGGGUUCUGCCUAGGAUCAACUGGGCCACAUCGGUCUUCAGAGAACAAUGCAACAAAUGCCAGCAUUGCCAUUUGGGGGAAAAAAAAAAAAAAAAAGAUGAGAAGAACACUUGUUCAUAAGAGGGCCCCACCAGUCAGAGCCCUGAAUCUCUUCCUUGUCCCACCUCAUUCCCCACCUCUACCUUUCUAACGGCAGCAUGAUGUGUAAACUCUGUGGAGGGGUGGGGGCGGGUCUAACUGUCUUAACAUUUAAGUCACUGCUCUUCAGAAUACACUCUAGACCCAAAGGUGUGCUAAUCACUUCACAGUGACCACUACAGAGUGCUAAGAAGAGAAGAUCAAGGGCAUGAAAUUGGGGAAGAGUGUUAUUUCCGUUUUUUAAAUGAGUUGAUGUACCCUUAUAUAUAUAUACAUAUAUAUAUAUAAAUAUAAAUAUAUAUAAAAACAACAAAACAAAACGAAAAAAAGAAAAAAAAACAAAAAAACAACAACAAAAAAAAAUUCAAGCCCUAUAUUUGAUCACUUCCUGGAAAGGCAUGAAUGUGUUUGUGGCUGUUUUUGUUUAAUAUUCUACUUCCUCUUUUCCCUCUAUAAUUUCUCUGCAAAUGAGAUUAUGUGCAAAUGCCAGGCAAGUUAAUUCAAAAGAGUGAAUCAACGCAAGUCAAAAUGAAAUUUACACUGAAGGCUUCCAAACCAAAGGGAAGGACAGGAUGUGUCAUCAAAUGUUUUGUCACCUUGUAUUAUACAAAAUGUUAUUUUCUAAAGAGUCAGAGAAAAUCUGUGAAACUUCUUGUGCGACCCCCUUGUAAUUAAAUGUUAACUCGCUUGUAUUUAAUUUUCAACACUACAUUAAGAAUUAAGUGGUUUCAGUUUGUGAACAUAAGCAAAAUUUAUUAAUAUCAAGGUGUUUAAGAACUCAGGAGGUCAAACAUAUGAAUACCAACAGAGAUCAGUAUUUUCAAAAUAAACAUUAUUUAUACAAAAUAGUUUUUAAAUUAGAUCAGAAAGUAUUUAAAAUAAUUAAUUUUACUGUAUAAAGAAUUUGCUUUAUUUUAGCUAUGUAAUUCUAUCUUUCAGAAAACAGAAAGCUGAUGCUCCCAAGAAAUUCAUCCCUUACCAUUUAGCUUUAUGUUUGAAAUCAAUGACAUAAGCAGCUAAUUCAUAUUCAUGUGAAGGUUGAUGCAAAAUCAAUCACAAAGGAAUCUGCAGAGGGCAGAGUUGUUAAAAGGAACUAUUACCUAUGUAGCUUUUAGUUUUUAAAAAAAUCAAUGUGAUAAAAACACUGAUAAUAGAACUUAUAUAUUAAUUUAGUGAUUCAUUGUAGGAACUCUCAUCCCAGUCAUCAUCUGUGGGCCUGUGUAGUGACUAUUGUAUGUUUGCUUUAUUCCUACCACCAUUUAAUGAGAAAACAAUUCUACACUUUGGUCACAAUAGUAAGGUGGCCACACACACACACACACAAAAGUGUAAACUGCAAUGGGGUUCAUUGGGGAAGGUGAGAUUAAUUUGCAAAUAUAUGAGGAAGAAGUAUAAGCAUUUGGAACAAUGAAAAGUUCUCAGUAUCUGUGUGACAAGGUAAAGGAGCCUUGGGAUGUGCAUUGAUUAUUAUUUGCUUAAAAAAAUGUUUAUUUCCCUGACAACUCGCCUGGGUCCUUCUCUACAAUCUGUUCUUUAUUCCCGUGCUCUCCCCUUGGAUCUGUGUCACAUUUUCACAAACCAGAACUGAAGCUGCAAGGACACAUACAACUUUAAGGUCAGCUUUGCACAUUGGGUUAUUUUCAGAAUCUGAGAAGGCCGUUGUUUACUUUGUACUAUGGACAGCUGUCAGGGACUGGUGGCAGUGUACCUCAUUGGACUGGAUUCCAAACUCCCCCCAGUGCUCAGAAAACUGUAAACAUGGCAAUGGCCUCAUUUAUCUCUUUGUUUUUUAAUUUUUCUUUUCAGUGCACGAUGGAAGUGUGGAAUAAAUGUAGAGGAAGUAAUCAGACCACAGUCAUAUUUUAGGCAUCCAUAGGCAUUAAUUUAGCUGCAUUGGGAGUACAUUUUUUGUUCUCUUUUUAGUGUAGAUUUAAGCACUUUGAAUAGCAUGAUUCAGGGAUUGAUGGGUAAUAUUUGAUAUUCUCACAACUUAUGAAACUUCUUUUUCCUCUAAUGCUUUGUCAUAUUUAAAAAAUGAAAUAAAUGCAAAAGAGGCUAUCUAUGGCUUUAGAAACAUUCCUCCCAAGUAUUCCUCUAUCAGCUCCAUGUGAGAACAAAUGAAGGAAACUGUCAUGUGUUCACGUGCUCUGUGUUUAACAAAAGUUCUGUUAGAACUCACAAUAAAAAGAAAAAAAUCGA